AUGAGCUCCGCCCACGACGCCGCCGAGGAGCAGAAGACGUGCGUGCUCUGCAACGCGUUGAUCUGUCGCAAGCUCGGCAACCAGGAAUUCAACGAGAAGAACUUUGACAAGGCUGUCGAGUGCUACUCGGAGGCCAUCCGCCUGGACCCCGAGAGCCACGUCUACUAUUCGAACCGAAGUGCUGCGUACGGCGCGCUCUUCAAGUGGGAGCUGGCCGAGAAGGACGCGCAGGAGUGCGUGAAGCGCAACCCCAAGUUCGCCAAGGGCUACCACCGCCUUGCCAAUGCGCAGUCGCAGCUGGGACGCAAGAAGGAGGCUAUUGAGACGCUGAAGACGGCCCUGACGACGGCCACUGACCCUGAGAAGGCGCCGGGCAUCAAGAAGUUGCUGCGCCAGCUGAACCAGGAGCUGGCGGCCAAGAGCGCGGCUCCGGCGCAGGGUGGCGGCCGCCAGGUGCCGGCGCACAUCGCCAAGGAGCUGCAGGAGCUGCAGCCGCAGUUCCAGAAGAUCCAGCGCGAGUUAGAACAGAUCGAGGCCAAGCUGGCGGCCUACGCGCGGCAAAAGAAGCGCCUGGCGCUGGUCGAGCGCGAGGUGGCCGACCUGCCCGAAGGCACCAAGACGUACCGCAGCAUCGGCAAGAUGUUCCUGCAGACGACCAGCGACGAGAACACCGCGAGCAUGAAGGGCGAGGACAAGCGCGUGGACGAGCAGGUGUCGUCGCUCGAGGCGCGCAAGAACUACCUCAACCGCCAGAAGCAGUCGGUGCAGGACAACAUCACGGAGCUCCUGGCUCAGUGCACCUAA